CUUCGAAAUAGGUGAGAAAGAAGAAAAUUCUUAAAUAAGGUACUAAUAGUUGUUUUCAUGUUAUCAACAGAAACUGGGUUUUGGAAAUAUUUAGUUCCUAGAUGAAGUGGUUAUCUGUGAGUUUCGGUUUGGUCUAUAUUCCGUAGGUACCAUUAAUUAAAUUGUAAGCAAUGAAAUGCUUCGUGCUAAUUUCGAUAUUUGCAUUAAGUGUGGCAGAGAAUGCAAAUGAAACAAUUUUAAAACGUCCGAGUUUAAAUCACAAAAUUCCUCGGUUAAACUCAUUAGAUCAACUUAUACUUGACCCUUAUGAAAAUAGAGUUGGUGAAAUAACUGCAGUUAUUAACGAUUAUGCGGAUGAUGUAUUUGAAAAAGUUCAGAAGUUAAUAAUAAGAACUGGACUUGAUCCUGUUGAAAUACCAGAUCAACUGCUAAAGUUAUUUCCCACUGGAACAAUAAAUUUGACAAGAGGGUGGUUAGAAGACACAUCUACCAUAACAAGAUAUAAUGAUGUUGUAGUCACAUAUCGAUCUUCUAUGAAGAAAGUAACAUUUACAAUUCCUAUAAAGUUUGACACAUUGAUGUUUAUAUAUAAAUACUACACAAAGGUACUCUUGCUUAAUGCAGAAGGUGAUGUUCAGGGCAAAAUGGCGAAUGUGAGAGCAAAUAUAAGCCUCAGUUUUGAUUUUGAAACAUACGUUGCCUCAUUAGAUACCUUUGAUAUUACUGACACUGGGCGAGUAAGCCUUACAUUUUCGGGGAAUGGUUUGAUAGAUUGGAUCACUAGUUCUAUGACUAGUGUAGUCAGUAUCUUUAUGCACCCUAUUAUAAUUCGCAUUAUUCAAUCAAUGGUUAAAGGAGGAUUAGAUAAGACUGUGGAAGUAAUUAAUGAAACUAUUAAAGAUGUGUUACAUACCUAAUUAAAUAAAAACUUACUUUUAAGAAUUAGCGUUUGUUUUUAACAUUACUAUUAUUGCUCUUUAUUACUAAAGGGAAACUAUGAAAUAUAACUUAAUUAACAUAGUAGUAUUACCGUAAUAUCAAAA